ACAUAUAUUUUUGAACCACAACAACUAAAGGGGAUUUAAUAGAGAUCCCGAUAAAGUAAAUUGUAAUACAGGUGAUGAAUUCAAUGCUAUAGUGAGAAGCCACCAUUUUGUUUUUGUGGCAAUAGCAACCCAUCAAAAUCCCUGACGUGAUUCACAGUGGAUGAACUCUGACUGUUAAUCUUCCCCACGUACAUGUAUGCUCCCAAAUAUUGUACCAAAUCAUUGGAAAGUGUUAGAUUCUUGGAGGCCAGUCCAGUACAGCCAGUGGUGCACAGAUGAAGGAUGCAGCCACCGCCUGCUUCAAACUCCCAGGGAAAGCCCACAGACAACACUCCGACCUGGGACCCGGCGCCGGUCCCAGAGCGUAGGAGGCGAGCACAUCCCUGAAUCGGGAGGGACCGACCCCCGCAUCAGGCAGCACGGCUAGCGGAAUAACCCAUGCCCACCCCUGCGAGAAAGGCGAGAAGACCCCAGGAGGGUGCAGAGGAACCACAUUGAAGCCAGGGUCUUGGAUGAGGGGACGGUUGAGACUCCUCGGGUACCAAUGGACUGCGAACAGCUCCGACGCUGGAUCGCAGUAGAAGGGCAACGCAUCAUCUGCGAGGAAGAACAAGCCUCGCCCCUUUCGGGUGCACACCGCGAGUCCAGAGUCAAGAUAGAAGCUGGAACACAUGCGAGUGACCCAAAUGGUAUGUACUGGAAUUACAAUGAGAAGAUCAAAUUGAGAUCUUUCCAAAUGACAGUCUUUCUGAAACUAGCACUCCAAGUUUCCACUUCAUUUCAUAUCAGGGGUGUUUGGAUUGUGAGGCAGGACGGCUAACCACUACAACAUCGUCGAACUUUUCUCAAUAGCUCAACCCGAUGUCAUUUUCUUCAUCAAACCCUGACAUCAUUGGCCAUCAGAGGUCAAGGCUUUAUGUCAUCCCUUAACGUUCCCCAACCUUCCUGUUGAGGCGUUUGCUCCAUUUCCUAUCAGGAAUCCCUUCACGACAACAGUCCUGAUUAAAAUGUCUGUUCGCAAAUACACCAAGCAUCUCAAUAUAUAUCGACAGGUGAUUAUAUUUUGUCCAUUUUCAUUCCAAGCCCAAACCUCAGAUGUUGCAAUCAGAUAUUCAUUUUAUUUGCAUUUCCCGCAGUGCCCUGACCACUUCCCUUGAAUGAAGUUCAUUAACUCCAUCGUCCAGACAUCAGGCCCCUUUUAAUUGUUGCUAAAUUUUCACUCAUCUCCACAGGUGACCCCCCCCCAAGGAUGCCGUUCCUUAAAAAAGCUCGACUCAGCCUGCCUCGCGCAACAGUAAUAGACAAAGCAGCAAAGAAAUCCGGACUGCGUGGAACGAUCUUUUCAGUCAAUGGAGAUAACUACACCGGAGAAUGGUUGGACAAUAAAAAACAUGGUUGGGGAACCCAGGAGUGGAAAUCAUCUGGUGCCAUUUACAAUGGCGAAUGGAAAUAUGGCAAACACGACGGCUACGGUGUUUUUAGCGUCCUACUGCCAGAUACCAAGAAGUAUACCAUGCAGUACUGUGGAGAGUGGAAAAAUGGAAUGAAACACGGACAUGGCUCCUUUUUUGAUGUGCAUGCGACGUAUGAGGGAGAGUGGAGCGAGGAUAAUCGCAGUGGUUGGGGGCGACUCACCUAUAAAUGCGGUCAUCUCUACGAGGGGGAGUGGCUAUGGGAUAAGGAAGAUGGAGCCGGUGUUAUUCAAUUUGACAAUGGCAACUGGUACGAAGGAUCUUGGAAGGGCGGUAAGAAGAACGGUCAUGGGAAGUUCUACUAUGCUGACAAAGGUCUCAUUUAUGAAGGCCUUUGGGUAGAUGGUGAUGCAAAAUGUGGGACUCUGUCUGAUUUCGGGAGGGAAGCAGCACCAUUCCCCACCAAGUAUCCAAUUCCUCGGGUAACACUAGCGGACAUGAAAAGGGUGUUAACAGAAGCCGAGGCAGUAUACGUUGAUGAAAGUUGAUGGGGGAACAUGAGGAAAGUUCUUUUUGUGUGAAUUCAGAAACAUUUUGCAUUCAUUUGAGUUCCUGGACAAAUGUAUCAAGACAUGGCCAUUACAUCAACAAGAACCCAAAAAUGAGAAGAAGGGAUCAUUUGGAAUGACUUUCUGCUGUGCAGCAGAUUUUGAGCCCAUGUAGGAGAAAGAUUUUGGGGUUAAAGUCACUGCCCUGGUUGGUAGUUCUUCGAGGUCCGUCCCAAACAAGAAAUUUGUCCUGAUGAAAACGAGCUCCCAGAGCAAGCCAGGGAAAUCUGGAAACCUCACUGGAGCCCAGCAAUGAAAGUUGGGAUUCCACUGAUGGUUCGAAGAGUCAAAGCGUUACUCAAGAGGAAUAUUUGGAAAUGUGAUAAUCUCCAUGGUGACCAAAAUAAAUGUCAACUCUCGGAAAACUGUUUCAUCUGAGUGCAGUUCAGUCAUAAAAUUGAACAAUUUCUUGGGUCUUAACA